AUGCUCCAAAGUGUAAUAAAGUACAGAUACUCAUUGGCCAAUCAGGGGUUCAUGGAAACAAACAACAAUGUUUGUGGAAAGGACGGUCUACAAAGUAUCGAACGUAUCGAAGGACAACUACGAAGUUUCGACUACAGGAAUGGUUCACUUGUGGACAACGGCUACGAAAUCAAAGGCCUUGGAAAGGCGGUCGGAAGAAAACGAGGUGAAAAUCGCCGCGCCACAUGCCCUGAAAUCUACCUCUACCCCGAAUCUACCAAACCGGCACGUCAAGUGUUGCUACGAUUGUACGGUAGCCGAAAUGCUGGCAAGAAAACGCUCGCACAUCAAAUUUAUCACGUCGCUUCAACAACUACUCCCGAGCAGACUCAUGUGAUAUCUACUGAAAUCGAAGAGGCCGAUUCGAAGACCAUUAACUUCCUCCUGAAUGGAGAAGAGGUCCAGCUGGAAAUCGUCAUGGAGUCAACACUUGAGGCAAGUAACAUGUUCAUCUGA